GACUCAGUGACACGAGGAAGAAAUGACCGGGUUGGAAACAUGGCGUCCGCCUUGGAUGAUGAUGAUCUCGUCAAUGAUGAUUAUUAUUCUCUGUUAAACGCCAGAAGAGAGGCAACACAGGAGGAGCUGAAAGUGGCCUAUAGACGGCUAUGCAUGUUAUACCAUCCAGACAAGCACCGGGACCCUGAGCUAAAGCGUCAAGCAGAACAGCUUUUUAAUCUUGUACACGAAGCUUAUGAAGUUCUCAGUGACCCACAGGCUCGAGCUAUAUAUGAUAUAUAUGGCAAGCGAGGACUUGAUGUUGAAGGAUGGGAGGUGGUGGAAAGAAAACGAACACCGGCAGAGAUUCGAGAAGAAUAUGAGCGUCUUCAGAAAGAGCGGGAAGAGAGAAGACUUCAGCAAAGGACCAACCCAAGGGGAACGAUUAGUGUGGGUAUUGAUGCAACUGACCUCUUUGAUUGGUAUGAAGAGGACUACGAGGAUAUGGUUGGAGGGAGUUUCCCACAUAUAGAAAUCAAUAGGAUGCAUAUAUCACAGUCCAUAGAGGCUCCUCUUACCAGAAAAAACACAGCUGUUCUAUCUGGAUCUUUGUCGACCCAUAAUGGAAAUGGAGGUGGAACCAUUAAUUUGGUGUUGAGAAGAGUCACCUCCGCUCAAGGCUGGGGGGAGGUAGAGCUUGGUGCUGGAGACACCCACGGACCUCUCUUUGGAAUGAAGAUAUUCAGAAAUUUGACGCCUCGUUUCUUUGUGACUGCUCAGUGUGGGCUCCAGUUUUCAUCUCGAGGCGUGCGUCCAGGGAUCACCACUGUGCUGGCUCGCCAUCUUGACAAGAACACUAUGGGCUAUCUGCAGUGGCGCUGGGGGAUCCAGUCAUCCAUGAACACCAGCAUAGUCAGAGACACCAAGAGCAGCCAUUUCACUUUCGCAAUUCAGCUUGGCAUUCCUCAUACGUUUGUGAUGAUGAGUUACCAAUACAAGUUCCAGGAUGAUGACCAGACAAAGAUUAGGGGCUCAGUAAAAUCUGGGUUCUUCGGAACUGUGUUAGAGUAUGGUGCCGAGAGGAAAAUCAGUCGACACAGUGUCCUGGGGGCCACCGUCAGCGUGGGUGUGCCCCAAGGUGUCUCUCUCAAGAUCAAACUAAACAGAGCCAGUCAGACAUAUUUCUUCCCCAUUCACCUGACCGACCAGCUCCUGCCUAGUGCUGUGUUUUAUGCCACAGUUGGACCACUGGUUUUCUACCUCGCUAUCCAGCAGCUUAUCAUCCGGCCGUAUGUGCGUGCCCAGAAGGAACAAGACUUGGAGAAGCAUCGGGAGAGUUCGGCUUCCAACAUAGCUAGGAAGAAACAGGAGGCAGAAUCUGCUAUCUUGCUCAUGCAGGAGUCUGUGCGUAGGAUUAUCGAGGCUGAGGAGUCGAGAAUGGGUCUCAUCAUCCUCAAUGCGUGGUAUGGCAAAUUUGUCACAGACAACAGCAGAAAACACGAAAGAGCAAAGGUGAUUGAUGUAACUGUGCCGCUACAGUGCCUGGUGAAAGACUCAAAGCUCAUCGUCACCGAGGCCGCAAAGUCAGGACUUCCUGGGUUCUAUGACCCUUGUGUGGGAGAGGAAAAGAGUCUAAAGGUGCUGUAUCAGUUCCGGGGAGUCAUGCAUCAAGUCCUGUCAGGAGACACAGAAGCACUCAGGAUACCAAAGCAAUCUCACAGGAUUGACGCAGACACAUAGGAGCCCCUCUGUUGACCAAAAACAACCUUCGACUGUACAAUAGAAGAUGGAUAAACCUCCAUUUUAGAGAUGACAGAUUUAAGUACUCAGAAAUCAAGCAUUCAUCUUCUUUAUGUUGUUGCUUUAUAAAUGCAGAAUGACUGGUGAAUCCGUUUUCAUGGACUUUAUUGUGGCCUGCUUCAAAUUAUCUCAUGACACCAAAACCAGUGGCUGCCAUCUCAUUUGCCCGGUGUUCUGGUCUUUUGGGGGGUGUCUGUUUAUUUUGGUAUGCUUGUAAUUUAUGAUCAACUUCUAUAUAUGGUAUUGCACACAAGCUGCAGUGCCCGUGUGGUAAACACAUGAAUCAACCUCUGUUUAUUUGCCAGAUUAUUAAAAAAAAAAUCUUUUCACGUGA